AAGAGACGCGUCCACCCACCUUACGUUAACCCGAUUCAUCUCUUGUUACAACACUCCCCUCCUAUAAUCCCAAUUACUCUUCCUCUAAACUCUUCCAAAUAUUGCUGUAUCACGACUAAGAUACCGAAAAUCAGAAGCGUCAUCCCGUGACGCAUUUCCACAAAGUUGCCAGGUCUAUAAUUUGCAAGCUAUAGGAUAGUGUCAAUAGCUCUACACAGCUUUGAUCGUCAGAUAUUGUUCACGCAACAGACAACUCCGCAAUUUUGGACACCCUCGGAACAAGAAAACCUAAUUCUAGGCCAGCAUGCCCCUGUUCGAGAGCAUCACCGAUCGUUUCUGGAAUUAUGUGUCUCCUCGCAAGACUCAAGAGCGUCGCGACAAACCAUUCAAGACCCCUGCGCUACCACCAGUCACAGUCCAACAUCGGAAGACCGGCGCAUCGUCUACCAAAUCCGGCCGUAUGUCUAUGAGUCCUCGAAGUCGUGUUCAAUCUUGGAAGAUGGCCACAGGGGAGUUUGUCAGGCCAGCGGAUCAUCGAGCACCAUUUGCUACGCCCUCGAUUGGCGGCGCAACACCACCGCAUGACAGUAUAGACAUGGAUCUUGAAGGAGUAACACUCAUGGAUGACAUAGAAGAGGAGGAUCUAAAGGACUAUUCGGCGCAAUAUGACGCAAAUGACGAAACAAUGGUGGACGAGGAGUACAAUCUGAAGGAGGAAGUGGUUUUUGAUCUUGAAGAGGAGCGCAGAAAAUGGGCCGUUAAAGCUGAGGAGAUGCACGGAGAAGGCUGGAGCAAGGAUGCAGUCGACAUAUAUAUUCGCAUCGGUAUGCGUGGCCAUGAACCACUGCUUCCUGCCUCUUGGGCGUUCGACUUCCGUACUCUGCCCUCUACCAUGUUCUCCACCGACCCUUCUGAAGCUUUUAUCAAGUCUGUUCAAGAAUCAGAUUUCAGAGGUAUCAAAGCCACUUCGGAUCUCCUCUUCCUCGGCCGCAAUGUGCGCGAUGCCCGUUACUACCCGGACCCUUCCCGCACUUCUCAUACUGUUGCAAAGCGUGCUCUGAAAGCCUAUUACAAAUGGGCCACUGAAGAUGCCUCCGUGACUGGGCCCUCCGAUAUCCCAACACUUGUAAUUGAAGCUGGUGGCGUCAAUGUUCCAGCUGCAGUCAUGCAACAUAACAUGACCCGCCGCCUCCACAAGCUUGCCAACCGCUACCGCGACGCGCUGCGGGUGCACCCUUCGACUGAACCGGAAGAUUCAGAGAUGAGCGCAAACCCGCCGUCUGAAGCCGAAUAUACCGCCCCCCUUCCCACUCUAUAUGGUAUUAUUGCGAGUCAUACCGUGCUAGCGUUUGUAUGCUAUGAACCAUCCGACGACGAGGCCGGCCUACGGAUGAUCGGCGUUUUCGAUUUCGGCGAGCCACACACUGACGUAUGGAACAGUCUCGCAGUGGCGCAAUUUAUUGUGCAGGCGCGGAAUAGUAUGAUGGCGAUGCAACCAUACACAAAGCAUGAUCUAGAUGACGGAACGAUGGAGGAGGACGACCCAGACGCGUAAGCCCCCGAACGAAGAACGAAAAACUCUUCUUGAUCAUCUCACCUUUCUUGCUUUCUUGGGCUUCUGGGGUCAAUGACUAUGGAUUAAAUGGGGGAUGACUCUAUAGCUGUGUGCCCUGAAACUGAUGGAGUUUUGGAGGGCACGGCUAGGAACCGUCCUAGUGCACAUUUCUUUGUUUAGUCUGUUACGUGAUGCGAUGCACCGAUACCCCCUUUUUCCCUGAUGGAUAAUGUUUGCGAUGAGUUUCUUUUGUACAGCAGGUUUGGAGUCACGCAGGCGUACUCGGGUCUGAUGUGUGAUGAGAAAUGAGAUCAGACGGUCGCUUGUGUAGUUGCUAGGAUUGGAUGUGCAUGCCACAUGGACAUUCGGGUCAAUAAACAUCUUAUAUGCAGACAU